AAAAUAGUUUAUGUAGUGGGUUUUGCAACUCUUUCGCGACUCCUUUCGCCGAAGCACAUCAAAAGCUCCCUCGCCGCCAUGACCAAAGUUUACAUUCGACCACGGCCACUCGCCACGUCGGAGCAAGGAGACAAAACCAUCGAGUAUGUGAUCGAAGAAGGAGGACGUCUCGUCGUCAAUUCAGACAAGAAAUUCUCCGGUUUUGCAGGACUUCUGUCCACUGAGAACGGCGAGGCCUACACGCAAGCAAUCCGUCCGAUGGUCUCUGGGAUGCUGAAUGGCACCACUUCGUGCUGCUUUGCGUAUGGCCACACGAACAGCGGCAAGACACACACCAUCUUCGGGUAUGACUCAGAGCUUGGCAUGUGCCAGCGUUUAGUCCGGGACCUGUUCACUGAAAGUACUAAAGACCUGCUCGUACAAGUCCGAUUCUACGAGCUAUACAACGGUCAAGUGUUUGACUUGUUAAAUAAUCGUCAGCCUGGGUUUGUUCGCGAAGAUGCGCAUGGAAGAAUUCAUGUUCGGAGUGCCACAACUAUGGGGCCAAAUGGAGAAGUAUUGACUCAAUCUCUCCAUGCUGCUUAUGGCGAUUCGGCUGAAGCUGUGCUUGCAAUUAUUCGUCAUGGUAGGAGUUUGCGUGCCGAGGGAACUUCGGAGCUGCAUCAUCAAAGUAGCCGCUCCCAUGCAGUUUUAGAGCUGGAGAUCGUGACUUCUGCACUCGCUAAAGCACGUCAACAAGUCGUGUUGGCUCAGUCCCGUGUAGUUCCUUUAGGAAAAGCCCGUGACGAUCUGUAUAUUGCAAUACAGUCAAAAUUAUAUGUGAUCGUAGAUGGGAAAGCAACUGCGACGGGUGCUGAGCCAUCACAGGAAGACCAAGAUCGACUGGACACGCUACAGAGUCAAGUUGACGCUGCAGAGGCUGAGGUGGCAGCUAUGAAAGCACAGGUUGAUGCUGAAAAGGUGAAAUGUAGCGGCGGAAUGUUUGUACUUGUUGAUCUCUCUGGCGCCGAGUACACAGGUGAAGGUUUGACUCGCAACUCCAAGGAACACAAAGAAGCUCGUGAGAUCAAUUCAAGCUUGCUGGCUCUCAAAGAAUGUAUUCGAGUACAGGCUCGACAAGGAACUGGCCACAUUCCGUAUCGGAACUCUAAGCUUACUUUGCUUUUGAAGUGUUAUCUGGAGACUGACAAUCCAUCGUCUACCAUUAUGAUCACAAAUGUAUCGUCAGCUGAAACCCACUUACGAAAAGCUUUGGACUCAAUCAGAUACGCAACACUAGUUGCUUCCGCUUUCAAGACGACUCAGGAAUGAGAAGUUUGCUAUUUAGAGGAAGCGUGUUGAUAAAUGUCAGUAUGGUUGAAUGUCAUGAAUCCUGAUGAUGCUCAGUUUUUUCAACCAACCCACAAAAAUUUCCCUUUACUAAGUAAAAUG